GAAUUCGACACACAGCUACUCAGACGCGCCAGCUGCACUCUUGAUGAAUGUGAGGUUGUCUUAAACUUAAAAACAGUCUGCAAAUUCUUUGGUAAGGAUCAGACAAGACUUUGCUCUGUAAAAACCUCGAUAGUUCGCGUGGUGACUCAAAAUGAAGGUUGUACUUCAUUCUGACGCUGACUCGCGCCCUCAAAGUUGCUCAAACUGUGAUGAGGACGGAACAAACAAGCUCUGCGACAAUCAAUAUAUCGUUGUCAAGCUCGAAGAUGAAGAUCCAGAAACUGAAAUGGAUCUGAGUAUAUUCGCUCCUGUCGAGUCUUCAGAGUGUGAUGAAGAUGAAGAUGAUGAACUCUCAGACACAUCCGCGGUUUCUACCUGGAGCAGAAACAUCCGAGAGCGAGAAAACCAGGAGGAUUCUGCAGCCCCUGAGAAACAGUCUUCCAGGACGAGUUUAAGAGGACACCAUAAGAGCCGACAAACCUUUCUGGCUGAGCAGAGACAAAAACAGAGUCUUGACUGUAGUGCUGCAGACAGGGACAUGAAUGUUGGACAACUUUCUGAGGAGCACACAUUUCACCAAGCUUUGCCUCCGUCUGAUUCAGCCAGAGGUCCUGUAGAGAUGUCUGGACUGAACAUGGCAGUCAGCCCUUUAGCUGCCAUGGAGCCUCCAGUAUUUCCAAAUGCGCCAGUACAGAGCAAAUCUGUUGUCGGGGAGGAUCAGCAGAAUAUACUGCUUGAGGUCCUGAACUAUUGUAGGUUUCUGCAUGCAGCAGUGCAGAGGCUUGAACAGAAGAUUGACAUACAGAUGUCAAAUGAGAUAAUCUAUUAUCUUUUCUUAAAGCCAUCCUAUGAAAGGAGCUCAGCGAGGCUGAAGAAUGCUUCAAAGAGACAGGCAUCUCUACCUGUUGUAGAAAGGCAGCUGUCCUGCUCUUUGGCCCAGCGUCUUGGUCCACCAGUCCAGACAAACCCACAGUGGAUUCCUCCAUGGAAGCGAGGGCUGGACAGGGCAGAUUUUCAGCAAGCUGACAACAGCAGCCUUCAGUCAGGCAAACCUCCUGGUGCAGGACGAGGGAGAGGCAGGGGCAGAGGACGUGGACGUCGGGGGCGCAAUAAGGGAUCCCAGCGCCAGUCUCAAACUCCUGAUCCUGCUUUGCUCCUGUCAGAGCCAUUUGGAGAUGAGACAACAGAUGAUCCACAGCCAUCCCAGAUAAUGAAGAAAGCUUCUUUGUGCAACACAGGCUCAAAGCAUCAGCAGAAAAGAAAGAAAGGCAUGGUUCAGGUGGAUGGGGAGAAAGCUGAAUUGGAGAAGAUGCCCAACAAUAAAGAGGCCACACUUAAAGUUCAGGAGGACAACAAAGUUAUGAUCGGGAGCCCCUUGCGAAAAGUGUGGAUCCCAUUGUCUGUGUACAAGGAGGUGUUUAAGGAGGUGGAGCCCCAGAAGGCUGUAGAGCCUGUGCUUCACGCUCUCUUCCCCAUCAGCACACUGUCCUGCAGUGCGAUCACAGGCAACCCCGAAAAGGGCAUCCAGCAACUCGACCCGAACAAAAUAGAAGCCCUUCGAGAGUUUCUGGCCGAGAUGUACCCACAGUUUGAUGUUGGCGUGAGGGGUGUGUCAUGGGCACAGUGUCUUGGAGUGAUCAACAACAUCACCAAAAACCUCAAGAAAAGAGCUGAAAAAAUGUCACAUCUACCAAAGGAGGUUGAUGAGAAAAAAUGAUCCUUCAUACUCCUGAGGGUCUGUUUUGUUUUGUUUUUAAUCCAGACACACACAUACUUCAUUUCAAUGAAUCACCUGAACUCCAGAUACAUUGUUCAGAACUGAAGUGCAACAGCUGUUUUUUCCCCUCUUUUAUAUAACUGCUAUGUUUCAGUGGCAAGAAAAGUUUUGGGUACAUAAUAUAUUAAUAUUUCUUUUGUUCCUAAUAAAUCCAUAUAUUAAC